AUGUCUUCUGGUCGCACCGUCACCCUCAACACCGGCGCCAAGGUCCCCGCCCUUGGCUACGGUACCUGGCAGUCCGCCCCCGGCGAGGUCGGCGCCGGCGUCUUCGAGGCCCUCAAGGCCGGCUACCGCCAUCUCGACCUGGCCAAGGUCUACGGCAACCAGCGCGAGGUUGGCGAGGGCAUCAAGCGUGCCCUCAAGGAGGUCGACGGCCUCAAGCGCGAGGACAUCUUCAUCACCUCCAAGCUUUGGAACGACAGCCACCAGCCCGAGAAUGUCGCCGCCGCGCUCGACGAGACCCUCCAGGAGCUUGGCCUUGACUACCUCGAUCUCUACCUCAUUCACUGGCCCGUUGCCUUUGAGCACGGCUCCGGUCUUUUCCCCAAGGACGCCAGCGGCGCUCUCAAGCUGGACAAGAAGACCUCCAUCACCCAGACCUGGAAGGCCAUGACUGAGCUCUCCAAGACCAAGGCCAAGGCCGUCGGUGUCUCCAACUUUACCAUCAACCACCUCGAGACCGUCAUCAAGGCCACAGGCGUCACCCCCGCCGUCAACCAAAUCGAGCGCCACCCGCGCCUCCUCGACGAGCCACUCGUCAAGUACGCCGCCGACAAGCACAUUAUCCUGACCGCCUACUCGGCCUUUGGCAACAACACCAUCGGCGCGCCCCUGCUCAUCGUCCACGACGAGGUCAAGGCCGUCGCCGAGCGUCUCACCAAGGCCAAGGGCCGCAGCGUCACCCCCGCCCACGUCCUGCUCGCCUGGGCCCAGGUCGGCGGCCACACCGUCAUCCCCAAGUCGGUCACUGCCUCGCGCAUUCGCGAGAACUUCCAGGAGGUGGACCUCGACCAGGAGGACAUUGACCGUCUGAACAAGAUUGGCCAGACCGACAAGCACCGCUUCAACAUUCCCUUCACCUACGAACCCAGCUGGAACGUUGACAUUUUCGGCGAUGACCGCGAGAAGAAGGCCACGACCCAGGUUGUCCUGUAA